AACUACAACAACAGAGACGACAACAAAAAUAACACCAGAAAGAACAAGUGAGACAACUACAACUACAACAACACCUGAAAUAACAACUGAGACAACUAGAGCGACACCUGAAAUAACAACUGAGACAACCACAACUACACCAGCAACAACAAGAACAACACCUGAAAUAACAACAACAACAACACCUAAAAUAACAACUGAGACAGCAGCAGAAAUGUCGACAGGGUUAACCACAACAUCAACAGCAGAAACAACAGCGUCAAGAGAAAUAACAUCCUCAAAAACAUCAACAACUACAGAAACACAAACAACGGAAACGAGAGCAACAACAGCGGAAACUGCAGAAACAACAUCAACAUCGACAGAAGUAAUAUCGACAACAACAACAGCAAGAACAACAACAGCGACGGUUGUAACAACAUCAAGAACAGCGACAGAAACAAUAUCGACGACGACAAAUGCAGAAAGAACAACAACAGCAGCAGGAACAACAUCAACAAUAUUGCCAGGAAGAGCAACAACAACGCUGGCAGAAAUAACAUCGACAACAACUGUUACGGAAACAACAUCCAGAAUAACCCCAACAUCCACAACAGAAACCGUAGAAACAUCAACGACACCGGGAUCAACAACAACCACAUCAUCUUCAUCAUUAUCAUCACCGGCAAGAACAUCACCACAAAAAACAUCACCAAUCUCAGCAUCAGAGGCGCUAUUAACACCGGUACAAGACGCAUUGGUAACAUAUAUACAACAAAGAUUAUCAACAUCACUACGAGAGACAUCAUCAACACCAAUAGAACAAGCAGCAUCAACCCCAGUGCUACCAACAUCCUCAACGUCAGCCCAGCAAGAACUAUCAGUAUCAGCACAACAAACUUCAUCGAAAUCAGGCCAAAACACGCCACCAAGGCCAACCCAGGUAGGAUCAUCAACCUUACAACAAGAUCCGUCAAAAGUAACGCCGAAGCUAUCAACACGUGCAGCAUACGAAGAAUCAUCUACGUUGGAACAAGAUCCAUCAUCAACAUCAACACCGAAGACAACACUACGACCACCAGCAGAAGGAUUGUCAAACUCAGAACAAGUUCCAUCUUCAACAUCAACACCGAAGACGUCAACAAGUGCAGCACAGGAUGAAUUAUCUAAUUCAGAACAACUUCCAUCAUUAACAUCAACAUCGAAGCCAUCAACAAGGGCAGCACACGAAGGACUAUCAACCUCGGAACAAGACACAGUAUCAACAUUAGCAACGUGUACGCCGCCGCAACGAAGACAAGAUGCAACAACAAUGUCAUCCGGGCAGACAUCAUCGAGAGCAACACAAGAACCACUACAAACACUAGAACCGCUGAGAACAUCGAUACCAUCGCAACAAGUAUCGUAUGCAACUGCGCAAGAAAUACCACUUACAUCAGCAGCACCGAGAUCAUCAACAUCGACGGCGCAACAACCAGCAGGAUCAGCAUCAGAGAUAUCGUCAACAUCAACAGCGGUGAGAUCGUCAAUAUCAAUGUCACCAGGACCAUCAGAAUCAGAAAUAUCUUCAACAUCGACGCCUGAAGGCGCAGCAGCAUCAGAAUCAGAAAUAUCGCCAGCAUCAGCAACGUUGAGAUCAAGAACAUCGACGGCCCAAGAACCAGCAGGAUCAGCAUCAGAGAUAUCGCCAACAUCAGCAACGCUUAGAUCGUCAACAUCGACGUCACGAACAUCAGCAACAUCAGAAUCAGAAAUAUCGUCAACAUCAGCACCGCAGAGAUCAUCAACAUCAUCGGAACAAGAUCCAUCAACAGUAGCACAAGAACAAUCGUCAACAUCAACACCUGCAAGAUCAUCAGCAUCGACGUCACCAAGACCAUCAGGAUCAGCAGUAGGAGAAACAUCGCCAGCGUCAGUCCCAUAUAUAUCACCAACAUCAGCACAACAAGAAUCAUCGAUGCCAGUGCAAGAAACGUCAUCAACAUUAGUCCCGCAAAUAUCAUCAACUUCAGACCCGCAGCCAUUAGUAAUACCUUCACAACAGGGAUCAUCAGGAUCGGUGGAAGAGACAUCAUCAACAUCAGUCCCGCGGACAUCGCCAGUAUCAGCCUCGCAGACAUCAUUAACAUCAGAUGAACAAGCAUCAUCAUCAUCAGCACAAUAUACAUCACCUAGAUCAGCGCUGGAGACAUCGUCAGCAUCAGAAAUAUCACACCCGCAGACAUUACUAACACAAGACUCAUUACCAACAUCAGUCUCGAAGAGAUCAUCAACAUCAGCCUCGCGAAUAUCAUCAACACUAGCACAGUCUGCAUCACGAAUACCAGAGGAACAUAUAUCAUCAACAUCUGUUCAACGAGCAUCACCAACAUCAGCCGCACAGGUAUCAUCAACGUCAGCACAAAAAACGUCAAAAACAUCAGCGCCACAGACACCAUUAACACCAAUACUACAAGCAUCAUCAACCUCGGCACUACAGAUACCUCCGAGACCACCACAAGAAGGAUCAUCACCCUCAACAAAAGAAACAUUAGCACCGAAGCCAUGGCCAAAACCAACACAAGAAACAUCGUCAAUUCCAAAACAAGAGAUAUUGCACACAUCAGGACCACAAACAACAUCAACACAACAAGCAUUAGCAACGUCAGCACAAGAAGCAGUACCACAACAAGCCUCGCGAACAUCGGCACCACGGACAUCAUCAACAUCAACACAAAAAGCACCCUCGUUAUCACUAGAAGAAGUAUCACCAACACGGUCGCCACAGCCAAGAUCGACUUCCGCACCCUCACAACAAACACCGUCAGUGUCAGAAAUCUCACUAACACCAUCACUACCAUCAGCAGCAAUACUCAACGUGUCAUCAACACCAACAGCAUCGGUAACAGAAAUAUCACCAAUAUCAGGUCAUUCACAACCGCAACCUUCACCAAUAAAACCACAUAUGUCAUCAACCUCACCACUAUCACAACAAGCACCAUCGGCAUCCGUAUCGGACAUAUCGCCAACAUCAACAUCGCUAACAUUUGCAACGCUGGAAGCAUCAUCUUCAUCAGUACAAGAAAUAUCGGCAACAUCAACACCACUAAGAUCAUCCACGCUGGAAGCAUCAUUUGCACCUGGAGAAGAAAUAUCGGUAAGAUCAACACCGCUGAAAACAUCAACAAUAACGCAUGAAGCAUCAUCAGCAUCACGAGAAGAAGUAUCAUCAACGUCAGCAACGGUGAGAUCAUCAACAUCGACAGCCCAAGAACCAUCAGCAUCAGCAUCAGAAACAUCAUCGCAAGGAGAUCCAUCAGUAGUAGGACAAGAAACAGCGCCAACAUCAACCUCGCAAAUAUCAUCAACGUCAGCACAGGAAGCAUCGUUAAGCUCAGCGCAAGAAACAUCACCAGCAUCGGCAACAAACACAACAUCGUCCGUCUCAGCAACAAGCACAACAACGUCAUCACCAGCAUCGACAACAAUCAUUACAUCGCCAGUCUCAGCAACAAUAAACAUAGCAACAUCAUCAUCAUCAUCAACAACAAACACAACAUCGCCAGUCUCAGCAACAAACACACCAACAUCAUCACCAGCAUCGGCAACAAACACAACAUUAUCAGCCUCAGCAACGACAAAUACAGCAACAUCAUCAUCGUCGUCGACAACAAACAGAACAUCACCAGUCUCAACAACAACAAACACAACAACAUCAUCAGCAGCAGCAGCAGAACCACAAGAAGCAUUAUCGGAAGCAACAUGGAAGACAUCGUCAGGUCCAGUAAAGCAAACGUCAACUACGGUAACGACUCAGGGCAACGAAACAACAUCAACGAUUACUUUAUCAAAUAUAACUUCGUUGACAACAUUUACUUCAACAACAACUAAAAUUACACCUGAAUUACAAUAUCUAAUGAAUGGUUCAUCAUUAGUUUUCGUUCCAGAACCCUGCACUGAUUCGACGUUUAUUGGUCUCAGUUGCAAUAUCUCAAAUACUCCAUGUAAGAUGAUAACUCCAUGUGAAAAUCAUGGUACAUGUACAGACAAUGAAACGGCAACUUAUGGAUAUAUAUGUUCAUGUCCAUCGGGUUUCAAUGGCACUCAUUGUGAACUUGAUCAGCGAAUCUGUAGACCACAUUUAUGUUUACAUAAUGGUACGUGUAAUGAAACAUCGAACACAACAGUUCAUUGUGUAUGUAAAAAUGGUUGGCAAGGUACUCAUUGUGAAUCAAUGGUUAAUUUUUGCGAAGGUGUAGUAUGUAAGAAUAAAGGGAUUUGUCGACCAUUAUUAUUAGGUUAUAAAUGUGAGUGUCUUGGUACGAGUUAUUAUGGCUCUCAUUGUGAGUUUACUGCAAGAAAAACUGUUAUUCAUAAAAUAAUUUCAAAGUCAUUUGCUUAUAUUGCAAUUACUGCUAUGGCAAUUGUUGCAAUAUUUGUUGUAAUAAUGGAUAUAUUAAAAUAUUGUUUUGGUAUUGAUAUGACACAUGAAGAAUUAGAACGAUAUCGACGAGAAAAACGAGCAAAUAAACUAAAUGGUUCUAUUAAUAAGCAAGUGGUCCAUGCGAAUAUAUCAUAA